AUACGGAGCUUGUUAGCUGGCCCGAUGAGGCCGCCCACUUUGUACCAGAGUUUUUCCUAAUUUUUCAGGCCCAAUUAUGGCACAGCCCACUUAGCACUUCGAAUCGGCCCUUUCACGCUAUCCUUCCCGAAGAAGAAAGUCCAAGAAACAACUGAACAGAGCUCAAAUCCGUAGCUCGCGCCGAAUGAUGGAGUUUUACGCCGGAGAAGGGAAGCGAUCCAGUCGGAAUUGCAAAACUCUGCUGCUGCCGGCGCUUUCGAUUGGGAAUGUAGGACAGCUUGCUGUGGAUCUAUUUGUGUCGUCUUUGAGAGCCGAUCGGGUCGGGUUUCUAGACGACCCGAAUGUUCUUCCUUGCGUUGGCAAUGACGCUUAUACAGCUGCUCCGCCAGGCCAGCUAUCUCUUCCUCUUGAAGUUUAUGAAUCUUCUUCAUGCGAGCUGAGCAUCAUCCAACAGAGAUCUCCAGUUGUUAAGGGAAUGAUGGUCCAGUUUGCCAGAAAUUUGGCAGAUUUUGCUGCUGCUAGUAGAAUACAGCACAUUGUUUUGCUAUCUAGCUUGGAUUUUGGUCGAUGGCAAAGCAUCGAUAUGUCUAGUGGGUUGCAGACAUAUUAUCUCUCUAGUUCCAGCUUGGAUGGAAAGGACGAUGAAUGUGAGAGACUAGGGUUCAAGAUGUUGCAAGAAUAUAACCCGUCUCAGAGGAUGUGGACGCAUCUAAGCAAUUUAGCUGAAAAUGGGGAAGAAGAUUGGCCUUUUGAAGAGCUGGGAGAUGAAGAUUACCUUGCAAGUCUACCUUUUGCUGCACUUUUCUCUUGUUUUAAGGCCAAAGGUGUGAAGGUUACAUGCCUAAUGUGUUAUUGCUCGGAGGGAGACAACAUGCCCGAAGCAUUUCAUUUGGCUGAAGCUGCAUCACAACUUCUCAGCCUCUCAACUAAAAGUUUCGGGGGCAAUGAGGCUGGCAAAUGGAUUGUCCCGUUUUCUUGGAAGAGCGUGUACGGACCUCCCCCGGAUAUGUCUCUCUUUUAGGUAACCGGCAUAUGUAUUUUGCUUUCCUUAAGGAUGCUAGCUCGACUCCAUCUUGUCUUCCUCUAUAUUUGGUACGUGGUAAUUGGGAAAACAUCUAUGUGCGAUCUAAGGCUUAUCAGCUAUGUUGCACGGAUUCUUCUCGUGUCUGAAACAUUUCCAGGUAUUUGGGAUGUCUCAACACAAGUACUUUGUAAAAUAUGGAAAAGUUAGUGUUUUACUGUUCAUGACCUUGUGGCCGUAUGAGUAUCCAUCUCUGUUCUCCCGUGCAAAUAUGUACAGAGCAAUAAAAUUCUUUAUUAAAAUAUUGUUCGAAUG